CGAUACUACAUUCAGCCUCCAUUCGGUUCUGAGUAGUCGAGAAAAACAGUCAGAGUAGAAACCAAAAAAAACUCUAGGAAAAAAUAGAGAAUUUCGAUUUUUUUUCAGACGAUGCCCACUCUCAAGAAGCUUGUCUCCGGUGAGGAAGAGGAUCUGCGUCACGGAAAGUUGCCGCAGGAUGUCUGCCGCCUGAUAAUGCAAGGUCGGCAGGCCAAGGGCCUUAGCCAAAAGGAUCUGGCCAGCAAGAUUUGCGAGAAGCCGCAAGUUAUUAAUGAUUACGAAGCUGGACGCUGCAUUCCGAACAACAUAAUUUUGGUCAAAAUCGAGCGCAUCAUUGGCAUCAAACUUCGUGGCAAAGAGCGUGGCAUGCCUCUUCAGUCGAAUGGACAAAGUAUUAAGAAGUAGGAUUGAUGAAAUAAUGUUAUUUUUAAUUUGUUUUCUUGGACUUGGACCUAAUCAUUUCAUAAAUAAGUUUAAAUAAACGACUAUAAGCAUUAGA